UAUAUAGUUUACCGAAUUGAGAAGCGCAAAAAAUUAUUUUUAAGUAGUGUGUUGAGUAACGUCACCCUACCCGAAGGUCGUAUUUGCAUGGAACUUGUGGUAAACAAUCAGAGAAUAUAUUCGAGUUUCUGUACUUGUAGUGUGAUUUUAAUAAUCAAAUUAAAAAUGAUCAAGUUUUACAAUUUUUGUAUCUUUUGCCACUUGUAUUUGCUAAAUUUUAUCGGUGCGAUAGAUAUAAAUACAUCUAAUGCCUCAUUGACACGUAAUUCCAAAUCAAUUGAUCAUCAAAAAUUCUUGAAAGGAUCAGAAUAUUUUUUCAAAAAUUUUCAAAUCAACAAAAACUCUAUCAUCAAAACACACGAUUCGCGUUCAUUAGGAGCCAAGUAUUUGAAUGAAACCGAAUUAUCUUCGAAUGAAGAAUGUUUAUCGUGGUGUUGGAAUACUAGUAAUUGUAAUUUAGCUGUCUUUGAGGAAAAAACACGUGGAAGCUGUUAUCUGUUCGAUUGUGGGUCCAUACAAGAUUUUAAAUGUCGUUUUGCAUCGCAUGCAUUCUAUACCAGUUCUGUAUUACAAACCAAUAGAAAUUCUUUCCUAUUAAACGAAUGGAAAUCACAAACAAGUCAAGAGAAUGAAUUGGUCGGACUGAAAGAAAAAUCGCAACAUAUUGCUGCAGACAUAGCAAUGGUCCAGCCUCAUAUACAGACAAUGGGUUCGACGAAACCGGAUACAACAACAGCAUCGAUUGGUAAAGUAUCUAAAUGUCGCCAUUAUCAAUUCGAAUGUCGAAACAAUAGUGAAUGCAUAGCCAUCUAUAAUGUAUGUGAUGGUAUCGCCCAAUGUCCUGAUGGUAGUGAUGAAGCUAUCGAAUUGGAAUGUCAUAAAUCACGUUUGAAUACUUUGAACCAGCAUAUGGAUGCCGUCAACGCUCGAGGAUCUUCUGAUCUUAUUUCGUUGAAUGUAGAUAAUAAUGGCAGCCAAAUUUCGGCUAAACCUGCUCAAAACCGAGCCAUUUCACCUUCAAAUUACAUUCUAUCUUCCUUGAAUAAUAAUCCAAAUACAAAUUCCAAAUCCGUACCAUAUUCAAAUCUCAAUUAUAAUUAUCCGAAAUCGGUCAAUGAUAAACAACAAACUUUGGAUGAGAAUAGCUUUUCAAGAAAUCAUGUUCAAGGAGAUUAUAAUGAAUACAAUAAUAAUAUCUGGGGACCAAAUUGGAAUCAAUAUUCAUUAGCGACAUUACCGGAAAAACAAAUUGAUAAAUUAGGAUUAUUAUCUAACAAUGAUGAUAAUCAAUCUUUUAAUAAUCAACAGCUUCAAUCGAAUGCAAAAGAAUCCAUUUAUUGGCCUUCAUUCAAAUAUCAACAAAAUAUUCCACAGGAAAAUUUCAUUCAAACACAUUUGUCAGCAUCAUCUUCAUUAUCAUCUCCUUCAUCCUCUAAUAAUGAUGCUGCAGCAUAUUUGUUGCCUAAUUCGCUGUCAUUGAUGAAUGAUGGUGGUCGAACGAAAAUAAAUUAUUCUCAGUUGCAACAAAAACCAUCAAUAGCUCUUCAACAAUUUUCACCGUCCUCAAUCAUAUCGAAUGGUUACACAAAAACAAUCGCAUUCACCUUUGAAUCCGUUGAGCAAUGA